AUGUCUACUUUAAAAUAAUAGCAAUCAAGAGAUAAAAGCACUUCUCAAAACCACAUGAAAAGGGUGGAUCCUCAUUUUAUUGAUGAUGUAGAGCAUCAUCAUCACUAACUGAGACAAGAAUGGCGUAUUUAUUCUAUGGCAGUUAAUGCAUGCUUAGGAUCUUGGUUCUUUGGUUACAACUUAGGUGUUUACAACUCAGCUUAGAAAAUAAUGGAGAAAUUAAAUGGGUGGGAUAAGGAAGAAUUUGAAUUAUACACAGCUUUAAUUACUGCUUUUAUGCCUUUAGGUGCUUUGUUGGGAGCUCUCUUUAGCAGAUAAAUCCUUGAAGCUAUCAAGGGUAUUAGAAAGUCUAUGCUUAUAUUUGACAUAAUAGGAAUUAUUGGAACUAUUAUUAUUAUCCUUGACCACACUGUCCCAAAUCUUUUGAUAGGAAGAUUUAUUUGUGGUUUUUGCAUAGGUACAAAUACAGCCAUCAUUCCUAUUUACAUUAAGGACUUUUCACCUAUAGAAAUAAGUGGAAGAGCUGGUGCUGUUAAUUAAAUUAUUUUAACCUUUGGAGUCUUCUGCAGUUACUUGAUAGCACUAGUACUUCCUCUUCCUGCUGAUACUAAAGAUGGCUACAGUGAUGGUGGUCCUUGGAGAAUAGUUUUAGGUCUUCCUAUGAUUGCCCCUGUUAUUCGUCUAAUUAUUCUACUUUUCAUUUUUAGAUUGGAAACACCAACUAUUAUGAUCAAGGAGCACCGUUAUUAGGAAGUAAAGGAAUUUUUCAAGCAAAUAUAUUCAUCUGAAAAGGAUGCUGAAGAGGUUUUUCACGGAUAUGAAGAAAAAGUAUUUGAAGAAUAGGCUGAAAAAGAAAAGCUUAAACAUAAAAUGCACUCUGAUGAUCUUUCGAGCAAUGGUGGUAAUAAAGGCAUGCACAUGAAUGAAGUAGUUAACAAUCACCACGAAGAAACUAAUGUCAGAGUUGAAGAUUAAGCAAGAGUUCCAUCUACUGCACAAAAUAAUGAAUUCAAUAUAUAACUAGCUACUAAUGUUCCUGAAACAUAGGCAAAUAUCGUAACUAUUUAAAAGCCUCAUGUUAAAACUUAUGAAGAUUUUUACCAUGAAAAAAUAUUUUAAUUGUCUAAUAAAGCAAGUUAUGUGAAGCGUUUUAUUUUGGGUUGCGCAAUUUAGUUUUGUACUCAAUGUAGUGGAGUAAAUGCCAUUCUUUUUUACUCUAAUAGUAUAUUUAAAGAUACCUCUGGUAAAAAAGGAGCUGAUGCUGAAUUAGUAGCUCGUUAGGCAACUAUCGGUUUAGGUGCUUCUAUGGUUGUUUUUAACUGUCUUUCGUUUUAUCUUCUAGGUAAAUUAGGUCGUCGUACUCUCAUGAUUACAGGUGUUGGUAUAGUAAAUAUUGCUCUUUUUGUAUUUGCAGGAAUUCAAAAAGUUGAUAAAAGUAAUACUUCAGUAAAUAACUUUGGUAUCUUCCUAAUAUUCUUGUUCUAACUUGGAUGGUAGAUUAGUUUAGGUGCUGUAACUUGGAUUUUGAAUAGCGAAAUUCUUGACAGAUUAGGAAUUUCAGUUUCAUCUUUUAUCAGAUGGACAUUUGCUAUGGUUGUUGGUUUAGUAUUCCCUUAUAUGAAAGAAGACAUAAAUUUGUUUGGUUCCUUCUUAGUUUUUGGAGGUUUCACUUUAGUUAUGUACAUCUACUUUAUUUUUGCAAUUAAAGAAACUAAAGGAAAGGAUCGUUAUGAAAUCUUAAAAAAUUAUUGUAACCCAGUUUAAUAUAAAGAAUUUGAAAAAUUAUCUACCGAAUAUGCAAAAUAAGCCUUUGAAGAAUAAAAAAUUGCUCUAAACAAAAUUACAACUGAAUGA